UCAUAUACAUAGCACGGAUUCUCCAAUUCCUCCGCAAUCCACAGCCGCAACAACAACAACAGCACACGCACGAGAUGAAUCCGAACCACCUAGACUGGUCGACGAUUACGGGGCCGCUCUCGUCGCACCGUGCGCAGCUGGUGCUAACAGCGGUCGCAUCGGGGGUAGCCGUGGGCACCACGCUGCUCGCCUUCCAAUCGGCCCGGCAGAACCAGAAACUGCGGGACAUCAAGAGCUCGAUCCGGUCACGGGACGACUCCACCGCCCUUACCGAAUACGGCGGCGCGCCGGCGUCCACCUCCAGGUUGCACACCGAGCCGGAUGCGGAACUCGCGGCGAAAGCGAGGCGCGGCGAUUGGGACGAAGACUUGAUCCUCGAGCAGCUCGCGCGCAACCGCGUAUUCCUCGGCGACGACGGCCUGCAGAAGGUGCGGGACGCGUUCGUGAUCGUUGUGGGGUGCGGGGGCGUAGGAUCCUGGACGGCGACGAUGCUCGUGCGCUCCGGGGUGGGGAAGGUGCGACUGGUAGACUUCGACCAAGUGACUUUGUCAUCGCUGAACCGGCACGCGGUGGCGACGCUGGCGGACGUGGGCACGCCCAAGGUGCAAGCGCUGCGGAAGCACCUGGAGCAGGUUGCGCCGUGGGUCGAGAUUGAUGCGCGGAACGAGCUGUGGAAUAUGGAGAAUGGCGAGGCGCUGUUGGCCGGCAACCCCACGUACGUCGUCGAUGCUAUCGACAAUAUCGAUACCAAGGUCGACCUGCUGCAUUUCUGCCACUCAAGAGGAAUACCCGUGAUUUCGUCCAUGGGCGCCGGCUGCAAGAGCGAUCCUACCAGGAUCAACAUCGGCGAUAUCUCGGAGUCAAACGAAGACCCACUGUCUCGGUCCACACGGCGUCGACUGCGGCAAAAAGGCAUCGUCACCGGCAUACCCGUCGUGUACUCACUCGAGCGGGCUGGUCCGGGCAAAGCCACUUUGCUCCCCCUUGCAGACGAAGAGUUCUCAAAGGGCAGCGUCUCGGAGCUCAGCGUACUGCCUACAUUCCGUGCGCGUAUCCUCCCCGUUCUCGGCACGAUGCCGGGCUUCUUCGGGCUCUGCGUAGCGAACCACAUCCUAACGCACGUCGCCUCGUACCCGGUGGAGUACUCGCUCGGCAAGAACCGCACAAAGCUGUACGAGGACAUACAAGCGCGUUUGGCGGGGCUAGAGAGCCGGCUGCGCGGGAACGCGGUGGGUCUGAGGCUUCCGCUCACAGAGGCGGAUAUUGGAUAUGUCGUUGAGGAGGUCUAUAAGGGCAAGAGUGUCGUCUCUGGGUACCCCACCAGACUCGCACUCACGAGAUGGCUCCCUCUGCCGUUUUGUCAGAAGAUGGAGGGCGUCUGGGGUGAGGAUGAUCAUAGGCUGCAGGUUGAUAAUUUGGUGCUCAUGACGAAGGAUGAGGCUAAGAAGCAUGAGCUGGAGGUUCUGAUCGCCCGGAAGUCGCCGGAGGAGGUCUGGGGUGCUGAGGUGGUCGAGAAAGUCAAGCAAAGGCUCGAGGAGGAGGCGUUUUACGCUAAAUACAGAUAGCUAUCAUAUGUAGAUAGAUAGAUGGAUGGAUACAUAGAUGGGAGGCGAUGCUUGAGUAAACUGUAGAGUAGAUUCCGUAGUACCACUGCACUGCACAAAUACCUCCUCACUCACUCGCCCACCCAGUCUCACUCACAAGGUCUCACUCACUCACUCCCGUA